AUGGCUACACCAGCACAGUGCUACUACUGCUUCGAGUGCCUUUCUGCCUCGUUCAAGAACGAGGAACCUCCCAGCCUUGCAGCCGUAGAAGAGCUGUGGGAGCAGUAUGAGCAAGCCAAGGAGCUGGCCAUGCUGAAAGAGAAAGCGUUGGUCUCCCAAGCCAGCGAAAGUGAUCCGAGCAGCUCUAAUGUAGAGGGGUUGCAUGAUAGUGUCGAUGUCGAGGAAGAGAGCGACGUCGACGAAGACGGAGAGGAGAGUCUCCCAGGGGACAAGAACAACCGACCACGCUCGAUCAAGCUGCCCGGUAUCAAACGUCUGCAACGGGACUUUCCAUCAGACUCCUCUUCUAGCACGUCGACGCCUUCGACGCUGUCCACCCACUCGUCCCGUUCUGCGCUGUCGAAUUCUACGGCGGUGACCACCCCCCUUUCCCAGCCGUCAACCCCGAGCUUCCAACGUCCUAAGCCUCUGAAGGGGUCGUAUCCGCUGUUCGUGACGUGGAAUACUAUUUCUAAGAGUGGCCACAAGUCCCUUCGUGGGUGUAUCGGCACUUUCGAAGCUCACGAGCUCUCCUACGGGCUGAGAACCUACGCUCUCACUUCAGCCUUCGAAGACAGCCGAUUUUCCCCGAUUCCCGCUUCUCUGCUACCGUCUCUCUCCUGCUCCUUGACCCUCCUGAGCGACUUUGAGCCAUGUGCCGACGCCCUGGACUGGGAGCUGGGCACACACGGGCUACGUAUUUCCUUCGUCUACCGUAACCGACGCUACGGCGCCACGUACUUACCGGAUGUCGCCGUCGAGCAAGGAUGGACCAAAGAAGAGACCGUGGAGAGCCUGAUGCGCAAAGCUGGCUGGGACGGGGGCAGCGGAGGAAUGGCCCGGAGGUUCUUACGGGGCAGCGGCAGCGCCAGCGCCAUCUCCGGGAAGCCCUGGAACGACGUGUCUGAUUUCAAGGCCAUCAGGUAUCAAGGGCUCCGGGCAACCGCCAGCUACGCUGAGUGGCAGGAAUGGAGGAAAUGGGUCAAGGCGGACGAAGCGCGCCUCGAGCUGCUCGAAUCGAGUCGAUGA